AUGCUCGUCGAGCUCGGGGCGCGGCAAAGGGGGCAGGUGUGGAUUGUGAUUGGCCAGCGGCUGAUGCUCGUCGAGCUCGGGGCGCGGCAAAGGGGGCAGGUGUGGAUUGUGAUUGGCCAGCGGCUGAUGCUCGUCGAGCUCGGGGCGCGGCAAAGGGGGCAGGUGUGGAUUGUGAUUGGCCAGCGGCUGAUGCUCGUCGAGCUCGGGGCGCGGCAAAGGGGGCAGGUGUGGAUUGUGAUUGGCCAGCGGCUGAUGCUCGUCGAGCUCGGGGCGCGCGAGUUUGUGUCUGAACGUGUGGAAGCGAGUCGCAGUCGGGAAGGCGUUGGGUGUGAGGAGAGAGGCGGAGGAAGUGGGAAAGUUAAGCUCAUUCUAGAAGAUGGCCUGGGAGUUGUGGACUUCCAUCUUUCAAAUAGAUCCUGUGUCCUCUAUAUUUCCGAAGCAGACCUGGUUGCAGGAAAUGGCUUUAGACGACGACUUGUUCGCUUUAGAAAUGCCUGCACUCUUCAAGGAAUUGUAAUAGUUGAAAAAACCCAGAUAAGCGACCAGUAUUUCCCAGCAGUGCAGAAAUUUGUCGUCCUGGAACUUGGAAUGACAUUACUUCCGGUGGCCAACCAGGGAGAAGCAGCACAGCUUAUCAUCCAAUUAGUGCAUGAGCAAAUGAAGGAUCAAGCCAGCAAUCCCUUCCUUAAUAAGAAAUGUCCCAAGCUCUUAGAGGUUUCUGUGUUCCAAACAGUUCAACAGAUUCCAGGCGUUGGGAAAACAAAAGCUUUGCUUCUCCUGGAGCGGUUUGGAAACCUCCACCAGCUCUGUAACGCAUCUGUCCAGGAGCUUGAACAAGUCGUUGGGCGUUCUCUGGCGCAGCAAAUCCAUACGUUCUUCACACAGACAAAGUAAUCUCAGCUU